AUGCCCAUCCAGAUGACCAAAGAUGAUGCUUCGCGCAUCCAAUCAAGUCAAGCCCAAGGAGGUAAAGAUAUGUCCUCUUCAGGAUUUGCCGCACGCGCUCAAGGAGCCGGAGACCGCAACGCAAACGCUGGUGGAGCCGCAGCAGGUCAAGGUACUGGUGGUGGAAAUGCCGGUCAAGCUGGAACAAACAAGAAGUAGGAUAUGAUGUGAUUAACAUACAACAUUUUCUUGGUCCAAAAGGCAAAUCGAAAUCUUGUUUGGUGUGUCGAUUAUUUUGUUUGUUGGCAGCGUGGCGAAACUGGAUGAUGAACUUUCGAAGUGAUAAUGAAAUAUGGAUAACUUGGAUAAGUGAUUGAAAGAUUUUGGACCAAAGAUCC